GUGCCGCCAUGGGGUCCGAGGAUCACGGGGCGCAGAACCCCAGCUGUAAGAUCAUGACCUUCCGGCCCACCAUGGAGGAGUUCAAAGACUUCAACAGAUACGUGGCCUACAUCGAGUCCCAGGGCGCCCACCGUGCCGGCCUGGCCAAGAUCAUCCCCCCGAAGGAGUGGAAGCCCCGGCAGACCUACGACGACAUCGACGACGUCAUCAUCCCCGCCCCCAUCCAGCAGGUGGUGACGGGCCAGUCGGGCCUGUUCACGCAGUACAACAUCCAGAAGAAGGCCAUGACCGUGGGCGAGUACCGGCGCCUGGCCAACAGCGAGAAGUACUGCACCCCGCGGCACCAGGACUUCGACGACCUGGAGCGCAAGUACUGGAAAAACCUGACGUUCGUGUCGCCCAUCUACGGGGCGGACAUCAGCGGGUCCCUGUAUGACGAUGACGUGGCCCAGUGGAACAUCGGGAACCUGCAGACCAUCCUGGACAUGGUGGAGCGGGAGUGUGGCACCAUCAUCGAGGGCGUGAACACGCCCUACCUCUACUUCGGCAUGUGGAAGACCACCUUCGCCUGGCACACGGAGGACAUGGACCUGUACAGCAUCAACUACCUGCACUUCGGGGAGCCCAAGUCCUGGUACGCCAUUCCCCCGGAGCACGGCAAGCGCCUGGAGCGGCUCGCCAUCGGCUUCUUCCCGGGCAGCUCCCAGGGCUGCGACGCCUUCCUGCGUCACAAGAUGACCCUCAUCUCGCCCAUCAUCCUCAAGAAGUACGGCAUCCCCUUCAGCCGGAUCACGCAGGAGGCCGGCGAGUUCAUGAUCACUUUCCCCUACGGCUACCAUGCCGGCUUCAACCACGGCUUCAACUGUGCCGAGUCCACCAACUUCGCCACCCUACGGUGGAUCGACUACGGCAAGGUGGCCACGCAGUGCACGUGCCGCAAGGACAUGGUGAAGAUCUCCAUGGACGUGUUCGUGCGCAUCCUGCAGCCCGGCCGCUACGAGCAGUGGAAGCAGGGCAAGGACCUGACGGUGCUGGACCACACGCGGCCCACGGCCCUCAGCAGCCCCGAGCUCAGCUCCUGGAGCGCCUCCCGCGCCUCCCUCAAGGCCAAGCUCCUCCGCAGACAAAUCAGCCUGAAGGAAAACAGGCACUGGCGGAAGGCCGAGGAGGAGAGGAGGCCCAGCCUGGAGAGGAAGCGCGAGCCGGGCAGGAAGCCGGGCUGCCCGUCUCACCGGAAACGCAACCCGCCCAAGAAGCCCAAGCCCGAGGACCCCAAGUCGCCGGGGGAGGGGGCGGCCGUCCCAGAGGAGGGGGCGGGGAGCAGCGCCAAGGAGCCGGCGCCCCCCGAGGCCGAGCACGAAGAGGACGGCGAGCCGCAGAUGCUGCCCCAGGCCCGGGAGGCCGAGGGCGCGGAGGAGGACGGGAGGGCCAAGCUGCGGACCCCCAAGGCCAGGAGCGACCGGAAGAAGAAGGGCCUCAGCCCCCCGCACGCCCCCUGCCCGCUCCUGCCUGUCCUGCCCGCACCCCCUCCCCCGCAGCUCUCCGGCAAGGAGGCCCCCCGGCUGGAGCCCCUGGGGCCCCCCACAGGCCCCGCCGCCGAGGAGAGCCCCCCGCCGCCGGCCCCCCUCAACGUGGUGCCCCCCGAGGCCCCGGGCGAGGAGCAGGAGGCGAAGCCGCGCCCCAUCAUCCCCAUGCUCUACGUGGUGCCGCGGCCCGGGCCGGCCGCCCCCGGGGACAAGGCCCGCGCGCCCUGCCCGCCGCCCGCCGAGCCCCUGGGCCAGAAGGGCCCUGCCUGGAAGGCCCAGCCGGGGCCCAUGGAGCUGGCGGGGCCCGAGGAGGACAGCGGGGCCCUGGACGGGCAGGCCCCCCCCACGUUCCCCAAGCUGAAAAUGGAGAUCAAGAAGAGCCGGCGACACCCGCUGGGCCGGCCGCCCACCCGCUCCCCGCUCUCCGUGGUCAAGCAGGAGGCGUCCAGCGACGAGGAGGCGCUGCCCUUCCCGGGGGAGGAGGACGCGAGUGACCCCGCGGCCCUGCGGACGCUGCUGGCCAUGCAGUGGGGGGACCAGGCCGCCUGCUUCCAGACCGAGUGCAAGUUCAACGCCGCCGCCGCGCGGACGGAGCCUCACUGCGCCGUCUGCUCCCUCUUCUACCCCUACAGCCAGUCCCUGCAGACGGACAAGGAGGCCCCGCAGGCUCCCACGGGGGAGGCCAGCCCGGCCACACCUUCCUCCCAGAGUGGCCGGAAGACGCGGCCACUGAUCCCUGAGAUCUGCUUCACCUCGGGCGGGGGCAGCGCGGGGAGCACAGAGCCGCUGCCCUCCAGCGCGGCCAUUGGCGAGGAUGGCGCCAGCCUGCUCGUGGCCUGCACCAAGUGCUCCCUGCAGGUCCAUGCCAGCUGCUACGGCGUCCGGCCAGAGCUGGUCAGCGAAGACUGGACGUGCUCCCGCUGCACUGCGCAUGCCUGGACUGCGGAGUGCUGCCUGUGCAACCUCAGGGGAGGCGCCCUGCAGAUGACCACUGACAGGAGGUGGAUCCACGUGAUCUGCGCCAUCGCGGUGCCCGAGGUGCGGUUUGUGAACGUGAUGGAGCGCCGCCCCGUGGACAUCAGCGCCAUCCCUGAGCAGCGGUGGAGGCUGAAAUGCGUGUACUGCCGGAAGCGGAUGAAGAGGGUGUCGGGCGCCUGCAUCCAGUGCUCCUGCGAGCACUGCUCCACGUCCUUCCACGUGACCUGCGCCCACGCCGCCGGGGUCCUCAUGGAGCCCGACGACUGGCCCUACGUGGUGUCCAUCACCUGCCGCAAGCACAAGGCGGGGACCCACAGCGUGAGUGCCCGUGCCCGUGCCCGCCCGCGUGGCCCACGUGCUCCCCUCGCCCCGCCGCCACCGCCUAUGUGACCCCCUGCCCUCCGCCCCCCCCCCCAGGCCCAGUUCCUGCGGGCGGUGUCCCUGGGCCAGGUGGUCAUCACCAAGAACCGCAACGGCCUGUACUACCGCUGCCGCAUCAUCGGCAGCACCACCCAGACCUUCUACGAGGUCAACUUCGAGGACGGCUCCUACAGUGACAACCUGUACCCCGAGAGCAUCACCAGCAGAGACUGCGCGCGCCUGGGGCCCCCGGCUGAGGGGGAGCUGGUGGAGCUGCGCUGGGCGGACGGGAACGUGUACAGAGCCAAGUUCAUCUCCUCGACCACCAGCAUCCUGUACCAGGUGGAGUUUGAGGACGGGUCCCAGCUGACGGUCAAGCGGGGAGACAUCUUCACCCUGGACGAGGAGCUCCCCAAGAGGGUCCGGUCGCGGCUGUCUGUCAGCACGGGGGCCCCCCAGGAAAGCGUCUUCUCGGGAGAGGAGGUGAAGGCCGCCAAGCGCCCACGAGUGGGCACCCCGCACGGCGCCGAGGACUCGGGGCACAGCCCGGACUGCCUGGCCUUCAUGGAGAGCCUGCGGCAGGUGCAGGCGCGGCCCGGGGGCCCCUUCUAGGCUGCAGGCGGCGGC